AUGAAUAGCCUGCAGUUACUGAAUCCCGCCAUCGCCUUCCCCUCCUAUCCCGCAAUCGCCUUCCCUACCCAUCCCGCCGUCGCCUCACCCUCCCACCCCGCCACCGCCUCUCCCUCCCGUCCCGUCGCCGCCUCUCCCUCCCGUCCCGUCGCCGCCUCUCCCUCCCGUCCCGUCGCCGCCUCUCCCUCCCGUCCCGUCGCCGCCUCUCCCUCCCGUCCCGUCGCCGCCUCUCCCUCCCGUCCCGUCGCCGCCUCUCCCUCCCGUCCCGUCGCCGCCUCUCCCUCCCGUCCCGUCGCCGCCUCUCCCUCCCGUCCCGUUGCCGCCUCUCCCUCCCGUCCCGUCGCCGCCUCUCCCUCCCGUCCCGUCGCCGCCUCUCCCUCCCGUCCCGUCGCCGCCUCUCCCUCCCGUCCCGUCGCCGCCUCUCCCUCCCGUCCCGUCGCCGCCUCUCCCUCCCGUCCCGUCGCCGCCUCUUCCCUCCCGUCCCGCCGCCGCCUCUCCCUCCCGUCCCGCGCCUCUCCCUCCCGUCCCGUCGCCGCCUCUCCCUCCCGUCCCGUCGCCGCCUCUCCCUCCCGUCCCGUCGCCGCCUCUCCCUCCCGUCCCGUCGCCGCCUCUCCCUCCCGUCCCGUCGCCGCCUCUCCCUCCCGUCCCGCGCCUCUCCCUCCCGUCCCGUCGCCGCCUCUCCCUCCCGUCCCGUCGCCGCCUCUCCCUCCCGUCCCGUCGCCGCCUCUCCCUCCCAACCCGUCGUCACCUCUGGCGACAGGUCACGAGACGGUGCGCGAGGGGGAACUGGUACGCAAGUGCGGGUUCGCCUCUGAGGCACCGUGA